AUGGAGAUCAGGGAAGCUAAAGAAGAAAAGGCAGAAACCAAUUCAGAGAUGGGGCUUAAAAUGGAAAAGGGAAAUGAGGAGGAGGAUAGGGAGUCAACUGAAGUGAAUGAAAGAGUAGAUGUGGAAGAGGAAGAGAAAGAGGUAGAAAAUGAGUGUGAGGUUAAUGAGAGUGAUAAGGAGGAUGAGACUAAGGAGAAUAAGGUAAAGAAAGCAGAAGAAGGGGAGGAAGAGGAAAUGGAGAAGGAGGUUAAUGAGGAAGUGGAAGAGCAAAUCCAAAAUAGUACAGAAAAAAGACAAGAGGAUGAAAAACUCAAAGAGGAAGACUCCAUUGCAGACUCGGUGGACUCAAUAAUAAAUGAAGAUUCUGACUUCAUAGAAUUUGAGGAUGAACAUUUUGACGAAUUACGAGAUUCUGAUGAAAACAUACACAGAAAUGAAAAUGUCAUAUCUGAAACUCAGACUACUCUGAAAAGGAAUGAAGAAGUUGAAAGUGAGAUGUUGACAGAGAAAGAAGAAACUACCACACAAUCUUGGGCCACUGAAGAAGAUCAUGGCAGUCUUCAAGAUGAAGAGGAAGCGUCUACUGAUGAUGAGGAAACAGAACAUUCAGUGGACGAAGAUGGGGAUUUUAGUGAUGAAGAAGACAUAACGAUAUAUUUCAAAGAUGAUUACUCCACAGAUGUUUUUCUCACCUUGAAUGAAUUUAGGUGUUCCUCAAUUCUCACUGACCUUACUUUGAGGACAGAGGACGGAACAAAUUUCUGUGUACACGCCCCCGUGCUGGCUGCUGCCAGUUCCCUUAUCUGGGAUAAUCUAACAAGAAACAAAGUUGAACUCAACAGAGCUGAUGAAAGAAAAGAUGGCGAUACAUGUGUUGGAGUUCACAGGUGGUUAAUGUCUCUUGGUCCAGAGGUGGAUGAUGUUGGUUUAGAGGUGAUUCUGGAGUUUGCCUACACUGGACAAAUGCCAUCCUUGAAUAAGGACAAUGUAGACAAGAUAAAGGCUGCAGCUCAAAUACUGGGUGCACCCAGGGUGCUGGAUCUCUGCACCGAGGAAGAGGAGAAGUCCACAAAAACUGGAGGGCAGAAGAAAAGGGAAAGUAUUUCUCCUGCACAACAACUGAUGAUCAGUCUUCAGUCCAUCAAACAGCUGUGGAUGGACAGAGUGGGAUGUGAUGUGAUUCUUGAAGCUUCUGGUGGAUCACUUCAUGUCCACAGAGUUAUCUUGGCUGUAGGUAGUGACUACUUCCGUGGCAUGUUCACCUCAGGAAUGAAGGAGUCUCAUCAGCCUUGUGUGAACCUUCCCUUCCUUUUGGCUUCAGAAUUGGAAGUUCUAAUUGGCUGCUCUUACAGUGGGACUCUUCCCAUGAGCUGGCGGUGCAUCUUUGAGAUUACCAGUACUGCUCUCCAGCUCCAGUACCAACCUGCCCUUUACUUGUGCUUUAAUUUCCUGUGUCGAGAAAUGAAUCUUGAAUCUUGCCUGGAUGUGGCAUCUUUUGCCGAGGCCUAUGAAAUGGCACAGCUUCUUGAAGUUGCUGAAGAUUUUGUCCUCCGGCAUUUCCAAAUGGUGGCAUGCACCUCAAAGUUCAAGGACUUGUCAGCCAAACAGCUCCUGAAAUACCUAAACAGUAAAUCUCUUUGUGUUCCCUCUGAACUUGUUGUUUUCAAGGCAGUGGUGACCUGGAUCCAAGCAAAGCCCAAGAUAAGGCUUAGACUUGCUCAAGAACUCAUGAAAACGGUCCAUUUUCCCCUGAUGACCUUCAAGGAAUUCAAAGAGGUCCGAUCUCAGACCAUCUGGUCUAACCCCAAAUUGGCAGCGCUAUAUGAGAAAAUUUUUGAAGACUUCUGCUCCAAUGAGACUGCACAUCAGAAUCAGUGCCGCAUCUAUCUGCCUAAAGAGAGCCUAGUUUUGACUGGAGGUGAACAGAUCACUGAAGACCUGGGUAGCCGCAACAUCAGCAGAGAACUCUGGUUUGGAAAUUCCCUCAGGAAUCUUAUAGGGAUAAGAAAGGCAAUGGAGUGGAGAAGGUUGGGAGAGAUGCCUGGGCCAGCAAGAUUUGGUCAUGAGGUUGCUGUGCUAAAAGGGCAACUGUAUGUGUUUGGAGGCAAGAAGUAUUAUGGCAUUGGUGACACCCUGAAUUGUGUUUACAGGUACGACCCUUGUGAAAACAGCUGGGAAUGCCUGGCUGAAAUGCAAGAAAAAAGAUGCUUUUUCUCAGUGGUUGUUCUGGAUGAAAAGAUAUAUGCCAUUGGCGGACAUUGUGAAGCUGACCCUAUACAUAGUGUUGAAAGAUACUGCCCAUCUACAAACUCUUGGAGCUUCACCUCACCCUUGGAUUUGCCUCUGAGUGAGCAUGUAGCAAAGGUUACACAAGGGCAGAUCUUCAUCUCUGGAGGGAGAAAUAAUGAUUACCUUUGUCUUGCAUCCAUGUUUCUGUACCACCCAGAGAUGGGAAGCACCUACCUGGCAAACAUGACCAAACCUCGAGCUCAUCACUGCAUGGAGACUUUGGGUGAAUAUCUUUAUGUGGCAGGUGGAAUCACCACACAUGAUGACAUGACUAUUGUUGAUCAGCUAGCUUGUGAAGUGUACAGUCCAGUGGCUGACUGCUGGACUGCCUUCGCAUCUCUGCCAGUGCCACAUGUCGGAGCAGGAAGUGCAGUUUUGGAGGGAAAAUUUUAUGUGCUGGGUGGAUACAGUCAGGAGGACUACAGUGAUACUAAGAUGGUCCACCGUUAUGAUCCUGCCACACAGAAAUGGGAGAACAUGGGAAAGAUGCCUGGGCCAAACAAUGAUAUCCGCGCAUCUCUGCUGUGUUUGCCAAAGCAUUUUCGGAUGUAAGACAUGGUAACAAAUGUCAGUACUAGUUAUAAUCACAAGAGGGGAAUCUAUUAUUAUAAAGUAUGUGAAUU